CGCCGCCGCCGGGAACAUGCGGCUGCGCGUCUACAAGCGCAAGGUGCUGCUGCUGGCCGCCGCGCUGGCGCUCUGCGCGCUGGCGCUCUGGGGCACCGGCGGCGGCGGCGGCCGGCGGCGGCAGCAGCAGCAGCAGCAGCAGCAGCAGCAGCAGCGAGGCGGUCCCGGUAGCACCGGGGAGCCGCCGCGGGUCAGCGAGCCCGCCCCCCCGCCGGUGCCGCCGCGCCGCUCCUCCGCCAACACCUCUGCUGCCGCCGCGGUGGCGCCCGCGGUGCUGUCCGACAACGCGACGCUGAGUUACCGCUCGCUCGUGUACCGCCUCAACUUCGACCAGCCGGUGCGCAACGCCGCGCGAUUCCCGGCGCGGCCCGACCUGGUGCUCGUGGUGCAGGUGCACGACCGCGCCGAGCACCUGCGGCUGCUGCUCGAGUCGCUGCGGCGGGCGGCGGGCGUGGAGAACGUGCUGCUGGUGCUCAGCCACGACCUGUGGGCCGAGGAGCUCAACCGGCUGGCGGCCCGCGUGGACUUCUGCGCCGUGCUCCAGGUGUUCUUCCCGUUCAGCAUCCAGCUGUACCCGCGCGAGUUCCCGGGCCACGACCCCCGCGACUGCCCCCGCGACGUGGGCAAGGCGGCGGCGCUGCGCCUGGGCUGCAUCAACGCCGAGUUCCCGGACUCGUUCGGGCACUACCGCGAGGCGCGGUUCGCGCAGACCAAGCACCACUGGUGGUGGAAGCUGCACUUCGUGUGGGAGCGCGUGCGGGCGCUGCGGGAGCACGCGGGGCCCGUGCUCUUCCUGGAGGAGGAUCAUUACCUGGCCCCCGACUUCUACCACGUCCUCAAGCAGCUCUGGGCCCUGCGCCAGCGCGAGUGCCCCGAGUGCCAGGUGGUGUCCCUGGGCACCUACAGCCCCGUGCGGGGCGGCUUCGCCGGCCGCGCCGACAAGGUGGAGAUGAAGACGUGGAAGUCCACGGAGCACAACAUGGGCAUGGCCUUCGGCAGAGACACCUACCAGAAGCUCAUCGAGUGCACGGACGCCUUCUGCACCUACGAUGACUACAACUGGGACUGGACUCUGCAGCACUUGACUGUCUCUUGUCUUCCAAAGUUCUGGAAAGUGCUGGUUCCCGAGAUCCCCAGGGUUUUUCACACGGGGGACUGUGGCAUGCACCACAAGAAAUCCUGCAGACCGUCCACCCAGAGUGCCAAAAUCGACUCUCUCUUGAACAGCAACCAACAGUACCUGUUUCCCGAGACGAUGAGCGUCAGUAAAAGGUACUCCAUGGCUCCCCUGUCCCCUCACGUCAAAAACGGAGGGUGGGGAGACAUCAGGGACCACGAACUCUGUAAGAGUUACCGCAGACUCCAGUGAGGAUCCUUCUCUUGCAGCCUUCUUUUCUUCUUGAGUUGUCCCAUCGUGUCUUUUACAGGCACGCACGUGUAUAAACAGCAUUUAUGAGUUGGUUUCUGCUUUAAUAAUGAAUAAACAUUCUUGUUUAAAGGUGUCCCAAAAUAGUAAUCUCUCAUGUUUGGCAACCACGUUUUGGAAAUGGGUGAUGUGCUGCAGCCCCUACGCAAAAAGUGACCUGCUGCUGAGUUUGCUGGGAGGAGGAGGAGGAGGAGAAGGAGGAGGAGAACACUAUUAAGUGCAUCUUUUUUGGUGCUGAAGCUCUGGUGGUGCCCGUGACACCGCGCCGGGGGGCCCUCGUGUGCUGUCCCACCCGGGGUCACCUCAUGCCCGAUCCCCGUGUCCCGGCUCGGUUUGCGAUGAUGUGUUGAUGAAAUAUAUGAAGGAUGGAAAAAAUAAAUUCAUUGUUUUUACUACAAUGUAGAUAAAUAUAUGAUUUUUUUAGUUCUGCCGAAAUAAAAAGUCAGUUGUUUU